GUCGCGAUGUGUGUCGUUUCAGCCAGCUCCACAUAGUACAUCCGAGACAGUGUCAUUCUAUCCGCAUCAUGGCGAGUAUGUUGACACGACGUUCUGUUCGCCGGGGUUUGAGAAGCGGUGAGCUCACCUCCGGCGCACGCGACGCUUUGCAGUUACCUCUCGAGAUAUGGGAUCAUAUCGUUGAUUUCCUCCACGACGACCGAGACGCGCUCCUGUCCUGCAGUCGAACUUGCCGCGCACUGCUUCCCGCAUCCCGCCGCCAUGCGUUUCGGCACAUCACUCUCUAUAAUGCGAGCCGCUACCAUUCAUUCAAGGCCAUCGUCAAGAAGCGCAACUACGUGCAGCCCCACGUUCGGGUCCUUACUAUCCAAGGAAGCGACCGACGGGACCGCAACUACCGGUCGUUCCCCGCGAAUGGCGAGUGGUUGCACCUCCUCCCGAGGCUAAGCCGCCUCGUGCACCUUCGACUACGCAGCUUCCCGUUCUCCAUUCCCGACAGUCUGAGGAACGGCACUCUCACCUCAGUGACGUCCCUGCGUACGCUGGAUUUGACGUCAAUGGGCGGUAAGACCGACGAACUUGUGGCAUUGACUUGUGCCUGUGAAUCCCUGUCGACCCUAGUACUCGUCUCGACGCCGACCUCGCUGGUGGAGUCCGUCUACCUACUAUUCCCUGUGGACGACUUGCGCAGGGGGAACAUCAAUACGUUCAUCUGGGAUCCCGUCGCUGCUGCCAGUGAGAAAAUGCUUUCCUUGGGAGCGUUCGUCCUCCAUGCAGCGGAGCAACCCAUGCGAAGAAUAGCCGCGAUGCGGAUCGACUCGCAAUCCACCCCUGCUCGGUACAUACAACAGUUGCUCCUAGACUCGAAGGACACAAUCGAAGAGUUGUUCCUCGGCUUCGCAGGUUCGGAGGACGCUCACGGUGAAGAAUCCCUCUAUCUCGACCUCUGCGUCUGCACCCGCCUCAAGGCGCUGCAUAUCACGUGCCCGAUUGGCCGCGUUUCCGAUGUAUCCACCACUCUGUUCACAUCCAGCCCACAGGAUGCAUUCACCAAUCUUGCAUCCGUCGUCCUCCGCAUCGUCGCCCGCAAGGGAACCGUCCAUCAAUUCAUAGAAUGGCCAGAAUUCGCUUCCGACCUCGAGGAACUCUGUCUGACUUAUCCCCAGAUCAACUUCACCCUCUGCUUAGAUAUCAGGAUCAAUGACCACUUCGUCCAGCAUAUGGGGGGCGCUCAGGUGACCUCUCUUACGAACUCGUACGCAGAGCUAUGCUCCUCUCUCGUAAUGCACCUCCCGCUUCCUAGCAGCACGGGAGGGAGAGUUCGGUUCGGCUUGGUCUGGCUGUGGGCUGGCGGGGAUUCUCUGUUCUGGACGACCCAUGAUGGACGACCCUACCCACCAGAGUAUUUCCUCGGUGAUCCGCAAUGGUAUCACAGCAUUCAGACACCUUAGAUCUAGUGGUGAGUCCGCACUGCUAUCUCAUACCAGCUCGGUUUCAGUGAAUGGUUAGUAGGAUUCAGACGCAGGUUCGAACGGACAGGACUCUCUGUCAUGCAUGGAUCGCAGGGUCAGCCUGGGCCCUGUGUAGGAUACAGAUGUGGGUUUGGAGACGCAGGCCACCAGUGUUUCUGGGGCAUGAGUGCGUUUCUGGUAUUACGCAAACACGCAUUUGCGAUCAUGUACUUAGUAUCACCUACAAACAGUGCGCUCGCGCAUCCCGGUCCCCCUUGUCUGGUUGCAGGUCAUUGAAAGGUUUCAGAAUCGGUGUUGUGC